AAUCAGCCGUUUUUGCUUACAAGCUCGAGCGAGGAGAGCCUGUGUUUGCUCACUAUAUCCUACGUGGCCAAAAUAUGCAAUAUUCCGAAGACCACAUACGCGAGAAACUGCAAAAGGAACUUGAGCCUCUACACUUGCGCGCAAACUACCCCAACAAGCCGUGAUUUCAGCCGACGACAACACAACGGGCGAAAAUGCGCGAGAGGGAGAGCACGACGGGGAUGAGCAGCCGCAAGGACAACGGCGCCGAUUCAUCCGGCUCCGCGUCCUGCAGCAAAGACGCGGGCUCCCGAGAGGCCUGCAUGCCCGAGCUCCUGCUCACUGGCCUCAUUGUCAGCCUAGCCCUGCUCUUGCGCUGGUGCAUUUCGUACCAUCCCUACAGCGGCGCCGGCAAGCCCCCGAUGUUCGGCGACUACGAGGCCCAGCGACACUGGCAGGAGAUCACCCUCAAUCUUCCCGUUUCCCAGUGGUACUCCAAUUCCUCGGAUAACGAUCUGCAGUACUGGGGCCUGGAUUAUCCACCCAUCACGGCCUACCACAGCCUGCUGCUCGCUCGCGUCGCCAACCUCGUCGACCCCGACUCUGUCAAGCUGCACCAGUCCAGGGGCUACGAGUCAAAUACGCACAAGUACUUCAUGAGACUGUCUGUUCUAGUUGUCGACUUCCUUAUAUUUAUUCCCGCGGUUAUUUAUUUUGCUUUCGCCAUACUACCCAUUCUCGACUCUAAGAUAAAAAAGCAGCAAGACAAGAAUAAAAAGAGGGACUUUUCCAUGCUCAAAAAACGUCAUUUCGUUCUGGCCACCGUACUCUUCUAUCCGGGCUUGAUUUUGAUUGACUACGGCCACUUCCAGUACAACUGCGUCUCGCUUGGCCUCUUCACUGCCUCUGUGUCGGCACUUUUUCAAGGUGCAAUGGCCACCGGAUCAUUUUUCUUUGUGCUAGCACUGAAUUAUAAACAAAUGGAGCUGUAUCAUGCUCUCCCUUGCUUUUUCUAUAUUCUCGGCAUUAAUACGCCUGGCAAGAGAAAGCCGCUAUUGGUCUGUUUGCGCUCCUUGAUUUGCGUAUCCCUGACCGUGAUUGUGACUUUUGCCCUCAUUUGGGCUCCAUUUUUAACCGACAGAAAAGUUUUUAUGGACACGGUUUUAAGACUUUUCCCACUGACUAGAGGUAUAUUUGAGGAUAAGGUUGCCAAUAUCUGGUGUGCAAUAAACGUCCUCUAUAAAUUACGCAAUAAUUUUAGCAACUUGCAAUUGGCUCAAAUAUGCCUGGUUUCAACCACCAUAUCACUGUUACCCAGCAGUAUUGAUUUAUUUUUCAGACCUUCGAGAGAAAAGUUUUUGCUGGCACUUAUAAAUUCAUCUCUCUCGUUUUUCCUAUUUUCAUUCCAGGUUCACGAAAAGUCCAUUCUCUUGGUAGCCAUGCCUGUUUUGCUGCAUUUUCACAAAGAGCCUUUUGUUUGUUUUUGGUUUCUCGUUGUUUCUGUUUUUAGCAUGCUUCCCUUGCUUAUCAAAGAUAAUCUGUAUCUUGCAUACUUUGCUUCAGUUACAUUCUUCAGUUUCUCUGUUUCUUGGAUGUGGUUUGAGACAAAAAUUGGUAACCUUGUGAAAAAUAAGGAAGAAAAGCAAGAGGAGAAGCAGACAUCAAGGAAGACAAAAGUAAAAAAGACUGUCAGUGUGUGGACAUCUAGUUCAAUAUACGUCAAUAUUGUGUUUGGACUCUCACUCUUAGGUGUUCUAAUUUUGUCUGUAUGUAAUGGCUUUUUGAAAGCACCUAACAAGUACCCUGACCUGUAUUCACUACUUAUAUCUGUGUAUUCCUGCGGACACUUUUUCUUAUUCUUAAUUUAUUUUAAUUACAAACAAUUUUGUGCAACAUCAGUGCCAGCACGGAAAUUUAAAGUCAAAUAAUUUUAGUUGCUGUGAACCAAGACCGUAUCAAUAAUUAUCAUAAUCAUACUGUUAAUGAUGAUAAUAUUAUGUAAGAAGAAUAAGUAAAAAAAAACCAUUACCACUUUGUAUGUAAAUGUUCUUUUUACAAUAGAGAAAUGUAAAAUGUCUUUACCAAAACGUACCUAUCAAAGUCUUGAAUUUUAAGCACAUAUAAAUUAGGGUAUGAAUGGUAUAAUGUAUGUGCUGCGAUGGUUGUACAAGAUACCAAAUACACAAUUGUGAUGAAUCAUUUACAUAACAAUGCUCUGUAAACUUUGGAGAAUUGAUAUAAAUAAAUUUGUUCUUUUUUAUUCAAAACGCAAA